UCCGGGGAAUAUCCCCCUCGAGCAAUGACCUUAGAGAAAAUCCUAGAGGACGUGGGGAGUGCAUUUCUAAAGCUGGAGAGGGGUUUCCUCUUCGGUCCCCAGGGGCGAUUGCUGCGGAGAAACGUCGAGGAGUUGUGGUACAGGUAUUGCGUUGUUAUGCCUCCAUAUAAUGUCUUCCUGUCAGCUAUUGACGGAAUGUCGGAGACCCUGGGGACUCUGCAGAGGGUAGGAGCUGGAGAAAAACCCUUUGGCAUUGCCGCCCUGGAGGAGUCCAAGUCCUGCUGGAACGGCGAGACUCUCUCGGAGGCCUACAAAUUGCCUCACAGAGUUGGUAGAGUCACUGUGGUGGCUUCAGCAGCCGAGGGGAAAGACCUCUUCCACAGGAAGCAAAGGGAGAGGAAGGUCUGGUGGAGAAAGUUCUCCAGGGAACCCAAGAGGUUUCAAUUCGCCGAGGCCAAGAGGAGCACCAAGAACAAAGAGAUCAUCGAUAUCGAGGCUCACUUCAGCUUUGGAAAGCUUCUCGUGGAGAGUAUCAGCCAUCAGCAGGAUGUCAAACGAAUUUUUAAAGAUCAGAAUGUGUCAGAUAAGUCUCUGGAGAACGUCCACAUCGUUGAACACACUGCAUCCUUGGACUGGGGUUCUCUGGCGUUCCUCUGUGAUGCCUACACCCCCAGAGGCAUCUCAGGCACCUGCCAGGUUAAGCUCCACCCCAAAUUCUCUCCCUACAAAGUCGGUUUCCACGUAUGUGAGAACGUGGAUUCAAAGUCUCUGGAAAAAUCUCGUCUCCUUCUUUAUUUGAAUAAUCUCGUCAAGGCUGAGGGUAUCGAGACUGUCGUGACGACGAGUAAAAUUGGCAUGGAGUCUCUCCAGGUGCCCCUCGUCGUUCAUGUCGACGAGACGACUCUGCAGAAUGGCAUCGUCAAGGUCUGGAGUCAACUCACUACUCUCCACGAGUCUGUACACAUCACAGAUCUCACCAAAUACGUCUCCUCCCGGUGCAACUAAUCAGGACACAGUUGUUGUAGUCAUUAUUUUAAUUAAUUACUUUCAAUAAAAAUAGAACAACUUAAACAUUACAGGCAGACAGAAAUGUUUAUCAGGUUUUCAAUUACUCCGUAAUCAUUAUUUUUAUUUAAUUAUCUCUACUAUUGCAGAGAGGAGGGAAAUCAAGACCUUCGAUUUUUCAUUUUUCAUUAUGCAUCAAAUUUUAUUUAGUCGUAAUUUUCGUCAAUUUAUGGUGAAUAUCUCGACAUCAGAAUGAGAUAGCAAAAUCUUCGCUUGACCUUUUUCAGCGAAAAAAAGAAAAUCUACAAAAAAAACUAUCACACAAAUUUUUCUAACCCGCUCCAAUUCCAAGAUAUUCACCAAGAAAUCCGAUAACUUCAUGGUAUCAUUUAGAUCUCUAAUUUACUAGUCUUUCCUGCUGACUCGACGAUCUCAUUUCAUUCGGAAAUAAAAAAAAAAA